UGACUAACAGGGCCUGACUGAACUAACGCGAUGCUCGAUAUUUAGGAAGUAGCUGCAGUUUUUUGUUCAGGAAGUCAUUUUCUGUGUGUGAAGUGACUCUCGGCUGGACGUCUGUAUCACGAUGUCCUCUCAUCUGUGUGCUCUGAUCCUGUUUGUUCUGUGCGGUGUGCUUGGUGAUACAGAUGAGUCAGUGUCAGUGACUGAAGGAGAUUCUGUCUCUCUAAACACUGAUGUUACUGAAAUACAGAGAGACGAUCAGAUUCUGUGGAUGUUUGGAACUAAAGAGACAAGAUUAGCUGAAAUCUAUAAGAACAUCAUUGAUAUGUUUGACAGUAAUGAGAGAUUUGGAGACAGAAUGCAGAUGGACAAUCAAACUGGAUCUCUGAUCAUCAGAAACACCAGAAGAACAGACUCUGGACUUUAUAAACGACAAAUCCGCAGUAACACAGGAAACUCAUACAAGAGAUUCAAUGUUACUGUCUAUGCUCGUCUACCUGAUCCUGUCAUUACCAGUUACUCUUCAAACUGUUCAUCAUCAUCAUCAGUGUCCAGAUGUGUUCUGUUGUGUUCAGUGUUGAAUGCGAGUGCUGUGACUCUCUCCUGGUACAAAGGAAACAGUUUAUUGUCCAGCAUCAGUGUGUCUGAUCUCAGCAUCAGUCUCUCUCUACCUCUGGAGGUGGAAUAUCAGGAGAACAACAUCUACAGCUGUGUGAUCAACAAUCCCAUCACAAACCGGACCACACAUCUCAACAUCACUCAACUCUGUCAUAUGUGUCCAGACUCUGUUCAUUGUUGUGGUUUUACUGAAGCUGUGAUCCGAUUGGUCGUUUCUGCUCUGGUGGGCGUGGCUGCAGUUGCUGCUGUAGUUUAUGACUUCAGAUCUGGAAGAGCUCAGUAAAACAGAACAGAAUGAGACAACAGGGAGCGAUGUUUUCAGAUCU